CAAGAACUUUAAUUCGGUAUUCGCCAUUCAUAAGUACAACAAAGGUUUUUUUCUCUCAAUUCUGAGAAAAAUUCCAAAAAAAUUAUUAAUAAGUGGAGUUUGGAGGUGUAUAGGAGUGCCGUACAUUCAUCCAGGACUUUUAACUAGAAAUGGCGAGCGUUCAGGAGCGUUUACAAAUCAAUCGCACGCCACUGGAUAAAUGGUCAACUCGUGAACAACUGGCCCUAGCUUCAGCCGUCUUGUCAAGUGGUGACCAGAAUUGGAUGUCAGUUAGUCGUGCUCUGAAGCUUUUAUGUGGGAAUUCCAAAGAUAAUCUGCAUCCAAGACCAGCAGAUUGGUUUUCGCAAAAGAAUUGUGCCGUUCAGUAUGGUCACCUUUUAGAAGAUGUUGAGACACCCAAGCGCAAAAAGAGAACUUCAGAAAGUAGUCUAUCAUCUUCGCCCCCAGUGGAAGCUCCAACUGAAGCUGUGCUGCGGCGUUUGACGGAAGAGCGAAUGCAGGAAAUUAAGUUGGAGUUAAGAAAGGAACAGGAGGAAUAUGCAAAAAUAUUGGCCGAAAUAAAGGCAAUUCAAUCGGGAAAUGUUGAGGACGAUCAAUUACUUCAAAUGUGGGCUGAUAUAGAAAAAGAACAAGAAAUGAUAAGGAUCGAAGAGAUGCGAAUGGAAAACCAAAUGAGGGAAAGGGAAUUGCGUAAACAAGAACUGCAAAGAACUUGGCGUUCCGGAGGAGCUAUACCUAGCAAUUCUUCUUCGUCUAGUUCUCUAAAAUCUUCAACCGACACCACAGCUGUUGACAUGGAUGUGGAAGAUAUAAUAGGUUCCACAAAACCACAGACAAAUACCGGCAACACUGCGCAAGUACCAGCUGGAACUUCUCCCUUACUAUCGUCUCUCUUAAAGUCGCCAACAGCAACAACACCUUCUAGUAGCAUAACAUCUUCAUCGGCACGCGCGAGUGCACCCACUAUAACUACACUUUUGACGGGCGGUUCAAUACCAAAUUCAAAUCAGCCAGCUAUAAUACCUUCUCGUGAUACAUCUAUUCAGUUAUUGGCCAGACCACUCAGCGGGCCUCCCGAAAACUCAAUCUUACCAUCAAGCUCAGCGCAGCAAAAUCUUUUGAGCCCCUCGCAAUCAGCACCCACGUUGUCUAUGCUUCUAGAAAAGAAUAAAUCAACAAUAAUCAUCGCAAGCGAAGCAAAGAACACAGAUUUGAAUUCAACGAAUGUAAAGGAUAAUGAAUCACCUCUGGCUAAGGACUCGAAUAACGAGUCCAUACCCAUGGACAUAGAAGAAGAUUUGCCAACGACCACACAUAUUGCGCAGGAUACCGAUUUGCAAUCAGAUGAUAUUGAUGACACAGAUCCCAACGAGGAGCAGCAAUUGAUGGAAGUCUUCAAAAAUAUAGGCAAUAUAGAGGAACUUGAUAUCGAUGUAUCUGCGGUCAUCAAUGAGGAGGUAGAUUUUCUUAAAGGAGUCGAUGAAGAUGAUACUGCUAUAGAAGAAGGCGUACUGUGUGGGCAAAAGAUAGAGGACAACGAACAUGGUAUGGCAAAUGAUAUGAAGGAUAAGGCGAUAGAAACAACGGAAGACAAAAGUGAGCCAAAAAUUGAGGCAAAAGUCGAUCUCAUAUCUAGUGAUGACUCCAACGACAAUUUACCCUUAGCUGCAGUUGCUUCUUUGGAAACUUCCAAAGACAAAUUGAACGAAUCUUCAAAUGAGAGUAGUUUUUUAAAAGAGGAUGUAGAGUCCACAUUUCCAAAAAACGAAGCAGAUCAAGUAGACUUAGAAAAUGAGUCUACUACAGUGACAGUAAAGCAAGAGAUGUUGGACGAACAUGAAGCCGAGCAAAACGCAGUUGCAAAUUAUAGUGAGAAUCAAAGAAAUAUGUCCUUAGAUGGUAACGGACAAGAGGAUGUUUUCAUUAUGCCCAAUGCAGAUGAGGGAAAGGGAAACAUUUUAGCGAAAAACGAGAGCGAAGAAAAUCAAAAUAUCGAUGAAAAUUCCCAACAGCAGGUUGAAAACAAGGUCUCCAACGAAGUCUUGGAUAUGAAUGCAGAAUCAGACCACCCUUCAGAACAAAGCGAGAGUAAUGAGCCUCAUGCCUCAAUUCAUGCUCAAGUAGAUUUGCAGGGUGAACAGCACAUGGAAUCAUCAUCAUCACUUUCUAUGCUGCAGCCUCCGCCCGCCAUUUCCAUAGCAGACACUGAUGAAAAUUCUUCUUCAACAGAUAUCAGUGUGCAAACUCGCAAGGAUGAGAAAGUCAUUUCGAAAAGACAAAUGCAUUAUCAAAGAAAAAGCCCCCACGACGCCAAGACUGACGAUGAAAUGCCUAAUCCAUCCUCACAUAUGGCUGUACCAAGUACUGGCGGUGGCGGCAACUUAACGCCUCGUCCGACUGCCUUGCGAAAACUACGUGAGCGUGACCGCUCAGAAAGUCCAAUGAUAGACGAUGAUGCCACAACGCAGAGUGAUCAUUCCACUACCACAAAUCAGCGUUCAAGACGCCGUUAUUCAUCGACUCCGGUGAUUGACAGUAUUCCAAAUUCUCCUGCCUCCAGUGAUCGCGAUGAAUCAAGAGAUUCUAGGACAUACAAAAAAUCAUUGCUUAGCAUAUACAACGUAUUGCAAAACAGUAAACAUGCUUCGACGUUACAAAGAAUUCUAACUGACGAUACACCCACUCACAAAGUAGAACAUUUAUGCCUAAAGCCCAUAGACUUUGUGAGCAUUAAGAAAAAUAUUGAGUCAGGUCAAAUACGCUCUGUGUAUGAACUUCAGAGAGAUGUUCUGCUAAUGUGUCAAAAUGCCUUGUUCGUUUCAAAAACGAAUUCGGCUUGGGCAAAAAGCGUUUUGGCUUUCCAGCAGGAGUGUCAAAACAUACGAGAGUUUGUGCCUAAUUGUUUCGAUCCACAAACCAAAUUAGACCGCGAAACUAGAGACACAAAAUCUAGUGGGUCAACCUCUUCUUCAACGGGUGGCGGCAGUGCAUCAAAAGGCCGAAGUGGCUCAAGAAAAAGUUUACGUUUAUCCUAAGCUUUAGUAGAAGCGUAAGCAAAACACACACACACAUAUAUUUAAAAAAUAAAUUAAAAAUUUAUUGAAAAAUAACAAUAUAACAAUAUCGCUUUG